AUGGCCAGCGCCCCAGCACCCGCCGCGCCGCACAUCUCGCCCCUCGAAGAAGCCGACUACGACGAGUGGCAGCGGCUGUUCCGACUCUACAUCGCGUUCUACAAGGCCGCGCUCCCGGACGCCCAGUACCCCAGGACCUUCGCGCGGCUGCUCAGCCCGAACAAGGACCUGCACGGGCUGGUGGUGCGCGACGCCGACGACCCGCGCAGGCUGCUCGGGCUGGCGCAUUAUUUCCCCACGCAGACGCCGUGGGCCGAGGAGCCGGUUAUGCAUCUCAACGAUCUGUAUGUCGACCACGAGCUGCGCGGGAAAGGGUUCGGGCGCGAGUUGAUCAAGGCGGUGGCCGCAGAGGCGCGGAAGCAGGGCUGCAAGCGCGUGCAGUGGACUACGCAGCAUGGGAAUCCGGCGCGGAAGCUGUAUGACGAGCUGGCGGCGUGCGAGUUUGUGUAUUACCGUAUGAACCUCGAGUAG